GCACCUAAGAAAGCCAAGAAGAGAGCAGACGGCGCCAACUCCAAUGUGUUCUCCAUGUUUGAACAGACCCAGAUCCAGGAGUUUAAGGAGGUGGUGGAAUUACAGGGGCAAAUGCCAGUGUCCUAAUAGUUGUUUCUUUCCCAGCUUAAAGUCCCUGAGUGUGUGUUUCCUGUCCUAGGGCGGGUGAAUGUGAAAAAUGAAGAAAUUGAUGAAAUGCUCAAGGAGGCUCCAGGUCCAAUAAACUUUACUGUGUUCCUGACAAUGUUUGGGGAGAAACUUAAGGGGGCAGACCCUGAGGAGACCAUUCUCAAUGCGUUCAAAGUGUUUGACCCUGAAGGCAAAGGGGUGCUGAAAGCUGAUUACGUUCGAGAGAUGCUGACCACACAGGCAGAGAGGUUUUCCAAGGAGGAGAUUGACCAGAUGUUCGCCGCCUUCCCCCCUGAUGUGACUGGCAACCUGGACUACAAGAAUCUGGUGCACAUCAUCACCCACGGAGAAGAGAAAGACUAA